ACCCUUACUAAACGUCACGAGUUGCAGGGAUGAUCAUGGGGAGCUGAGGAGGAAUAACAACAGUUAGCUAGCAAAGACUGAGUUUAAUGAAAUAAGGCAGAGACAGUCUGGGAGAGAGACCCGAGUCCACCAUGGCCAACAUCACCAAGAAGGUCUCCUGGUCCAGCAGGGCCGACGAGUCCGGACCCCCCGGGGAGGGGACCCCGCUGCUGAACGGAUCCGAGCCGCGGCUCUCCAGACAGCUGUCCGGAGGAGAAAAUGUAUUUCAGAUAGGCAGACUGAGCACGGUGGAUUUGGAGGAGGAGAUGGCGUCAGAGGAGGAUUCUCUGAGAGGGCGGCCCAAAGAGAUCCCUCAUAAUGAGAAGCUGCUGUCGCUCAAGUUUGAGAGUUUGGACUAUGAUAACAUUGAGAACCAGCUGUUUCUGGAGGAGGAGAGGAGGAUGAGUUACAUGGGUUUCCGUUGUCUAGAGAUCAGUCGCUGGGUUGUCUGCGGGCUGAUUGGCUUCCUCACCGGCCUCAUCGCCUGCUUCAUCGACAUCGCUGUGGAGCAACUGGCAGGCAUCAAAUACCAAGUGGUCAAACAGAACAUAGAGAACUUCACAGAGGUGGGCGGCCUCUCCAUCUCCCUCAUCCUCUGGGCCGUCCUGAACGCUGGCAUCGUGAUGAUUGGCUCCAUCAUUGUUGCGUUUUUUGAGCCUAUAGCAGCAGGAAGCGGUAUUCCUCAGAUCAAAUGUUACCUGAACGGAGUCAAGGUUCCACGGGUCGUACGACUCAAGACGCUGCUAGUGAAAGUGUGCGGUGUCAUCAGCUCCGUGGUUGGUGGUCUUGCAGUUGGAAAGGAAGGUCCCAUGAUUCACUCCGGUGCUGUGGUCGCUGCAGGAGUGUCUCAGGGCAGGAGCACCUCUUUAAAGAGAGACUUUAAGAUCUUUGAAUACUUCCGCAGAGACACAGAGAAACGUGACUUCGUGUCUGCUGGAGCUGCUGCUGGAGUCUCGGCUGCUUUCGGAGCGCCAGUCGGUGGAGUUCUGUUCUCUCUGGAGGAGGGAGCGUCUUUCUGGAACCAGAUGCUGACAUGGAGGAUUUUCUUUGCCUCCAUGAUCUCCACCUUCACCCUGAACUUCUUCCUCAGUAUCUACUACAACAACCCGGGAGAACUUUCCAACCCUGGUCUCAUCAACUUUGGACGCUUUGAGACGGAUACUGUGGCCUAUAACCUCUAUGAGAUCCCUCUCUUCAUCGUGAUGGGAGCUAUAGGUGGAUUACUGGGAGCUCUGUUCAAUGUCCUCAACUACUGGCUGACCAUCUUCAGGAUCAGGUAUGUUCAUCGCCCUUGCCUGCAAGUGAUGGAGGCCAUGUUGGUUGCUGCAGUUACAGCAGCAGUGUCAUUCACCAUGAUUUACUUCUCUAAUGACUGUCAGCCUCUGGGACCGGAUCACACAGAGGAGUACCCACUGCAGUUGUUCUGUGCAGAUGGAGAGUAUAACUCCAUGGCCACAGCCUUCUUCAACACUCCUGAGAGAAGUGUUAGAAGUCUUUUCCACAACCAGCCGGGAACCUACAACCCUCUGACCCUGGCUUUGUUCACUCUGACAUACUUCUUCUUGGCGUGUUGGACGUACGGUCUGGCGGUGUCUGCCGGAGUCUUCAUCCCGUCUCUGCUGAUCGGAGCAGCCUGGGGACGACUGUUUGGGAUCCUGCUGGCCUCCACCACAUCCACCGGCCAGAUCUGGGCUAAACCUGGUAAAUACGCCCUGAUUGGAGCAGCAGCUCAGUUAGGUGGCAUCGUGAGGAUGACUCUCAGUUUGACCGUCAUCAUGGUGGAGGCGACAGGAAACGUCACUUACGGUCUCCCCAUCAUGCUCGUCCUCAUGACCGCCAAGAUUGUCGGAGACUACUUUGUAGAGGGUCUGUAUGACAUCCACAUCAAGCUGCAGAGUGUCCCCUUCCUGCACUGGGAGGCUCCCGCCACAUCUCACUGGCUGACUGCGAGAGAGGUGAUGAGUGCUCCGGUCACGUGUCUGAACAGGAUAGAGAAGGUGGGAACCAUCGUAGACAUCCUGAGUAACACGUCCACCAAUCAUAACGGCUUCCCAGUCGUCCUGGAGGUUCAUGCGAGUGAGGAGCCACCGAAGCUCUGCGGCCUCAUCCUCCGCUCGCAGCUCAUCGUUCUCCUCAAGCACAAGGUGUUUGUGGAGCUGGCACGGACCCGGCUGACUCAGAGGAAGCUCCAGCUGAAGGACUUCAGGGACGCGUAUCCUCGCUUUCCUCCGAUCCAGAGCAUCCACGUGUCGCAGGACGAGAGGGAGUGUAUGAUGGACCUCACAGAGUUCAUGAAUGCAACGCCUUACACUGUGCCACAGGAAACGUCUCUGCCUCGAGUGUUCAAGUUGUUCAGAGCGCUGGGACUCAGACACCUGGUGGUGGUGGACGACUCCAACAGGGUGAUCGGACUGGUGACCAGGAAAGACUUGGCAAGAUAUCACCUGGGCAAACACGGUCUGGAGGAGCUGCAGCUGGCCCAGACAUAGUACACACACACACACACAUACACACAUACACACAUACACACACAUGAAUUAAUGAACUAAGACCACCAUAUGCCUCCAUGAGCGGUUAUCCACCAGCUAUGCAGCCUUAAAGGACGCCAUCAAAGUCCGUGAGGUCUCUUUUACCCUUUGAUGCCAAAACGGUCACCAUGAAAACCCCCAGACCCCCUCCACAGGUCUCUUUAAGAGUCAUUUCAGAUAUUAACCCCUCGUGUUGAGAGGAUAACUGCCGAAUAAGGGUGGAGAUAAAGAUUUGAAGGACUCAGAGUUCUGCACCUCCGUUGUCGUCGUCCCAGUUUGCUGUAGCGUUUGGAUGUUUGGAUGUAACGGACAGAAAAGAAGGAGAGGACAGACUCUCUCUCCAGCCGGUCACGUCCUCAUCAUGUGAAACUUCCUCCUGAGGUUUAAACACAUGGAACAUAAUCAUCAUCACAUGCAUUGAUUCAUUUUAGAUAACUCACCUGGACUCUUCUUCUCUGGACGUGUUUAGUUUGAAGCCUUGAAUCUUGAGAGUGUUCAUGUUUCACUAUUUAAAGUUUGUUUGGCGACGUGUUCUCCGUUGUUAGUUUUGCACUGAACGAAUGUUAUUUAUUGUUGAUGCUUGUUUGACUUUAAGUGUGGUUUGGAUAAAUUCAGGUUUCACAUAUCUCUUAAUUUCAGACUUUUAUCAGUAUUUCUUUUGAUUAUCUCGUCUGUUGUCAUCAUGACACGAAGCUUCCUUCUGAGCGUUUCUCCGUCUGUACGUCUGUCAGGAAGAGACGGACUCUUACACUUCCCCCCUCCUGUCGUUUGCACUUUGACCUACUACUGAAAGUCUCUCAUGAAGCGCUUUAUGAAUGUAAACAGACUGAUCAGUUUCUCCCUGUUGAGCCACACAAACACAGAUUCUUAGACCUCUUCAGAUUCUUUCCACCUCACGUUUCCUUAACUUAUACUCGUGCCUGCGUGCACGUCACUGUCUCCUCUGUGUCGUCUUCUUUGAGCCCUUCGAUUUAAUGUACAGUCAGAAUUUAACAAUGCUCUAUUUUAUAACCACUGGAAAGUCCUUUGUGAAUUAAUAAAGUUGAAAUUUAUCUAUUGUUAAA